AUGUCCACGGCAGUGGCCCUUCUGGGCGCAGUCGACGCUGGCCUGUUGAGGGAGUUCCUCGACACGCAAGUCCUCCCGCACAGUCGCAGUGUCAGUGUCAUCUCGUGUGCGCAGGCGCCCACGCAGAAGUACUCGACGCUGAUCCUCCUCGGCGAGCGGGCCAGCGCGCAGGACUACGCCCAGGCCGCGUCCCACGGCCAGCCGGGGUGCCAAGUGACCGCCUUCGGCUUGGGGAAGGACGGUGCGAAGCUGUCGAAAGAUCUCACGUUGGCUGGGCUCCUGGACUGCUCCGCAAAGGAGGAAGUGACUGUCGCUGGUGCCAAGCUUGGUGCCGCUACAGCGACAAGGCCGACAUGGGAGGAUGGUGCUGCCGACGCACUGCCAGUCAAGGACUCGAAGAGGGCAGCUGAUGUAGCGAAACUCUGGGCUACGGUGGAGCCCGCGGGCGGACCUGGCAACGAGCUGAUCGACGGCGAUGCACUCUUGAAGGAGUCCGACCUCCAGAAACCAUCCCUGCCGGAUGCGGAUGGAUGCGCCACUUCCAAGCGUGCGUGCAAGAACUGCACGUGCGGACGCGCCGAACAGGAAGCUCCAGAGAAAGUCAAGCUCACUCCCGACAUGCUCGAGAAUCCACAGAACCAGGGUGGCUGCGGCAAUUGCGCCCUGGGCGACGCUUUCAGGUGUGCGGGCUGCCCGUACAAGGGAAUGCCUGCCUUUACUCCCGGGGAGCCCAUCAAGCUUGGCGGCGAUGCUUUGAAUGACUUGUGA